AUGACGCUCGAGGAAACAUACGUUCUUGUCCUGGCUCCUUGGGCCGCCGGGUGGUUUAGCGGAUACCGGUGCCUGUCGGCACCCAUCACGCUUCAAAACGUCUGGCGCGUUCAGAAGAACAACGUCUCCCAUAAGUUUGCCAAAGUUGAGCUCGCUAUUCACGAUGAUAUAGUGCUUGCGUGCGACGUUCAGAGUGUCCUGGCGUGCAAAUCUUUCAGCUGCUUCAUUCCAGCAGACAUGCAGAAGCUUCAGACCGAAGGCGGCCAGCGCAGCUCCACGUACGCGGCAUUUAACAGAAGCGGGAAGCUGCACUAUCUGCACUGCUCAGAUAGUUAUCGUAAGAGUGCCCUCCGCGACACAAGCCACAGGACCGACCACUCAGUUUGUGCGAUCGAGUGA